ACGUUCGCAAUUAAAGAUGUUCGGAUACUUUAAGCUCAUGUACCCAGCUCCCAUAUCGGAACCCAUCAGCACCAGAGAUUCGAACGCCUAUCUGCUUGAAACGCUUCGAAUCUCAGGUCUAAACUUUCGAAACGAUUUCGGAGUGGGCCGCAAGAUCUGGAGGGUGUUCUCCUUCACCUAUAAUAUGCUGAUACUACCCGUGAGUUUCCCCAUCAACUACACGAUCCACCUGGCGGAGUUCCCGCCGGACUUGCUGCUGCAAUCCCUGCAGCUCUGCCUCAACACCUGGUGCUUCGCUCUGAAGUUCUUCACGCUGGUCAUCUACAUGGACCGUUUGGAGCUGGCCAACAAGCACUUCGACGAGAUGGACAAGUACUGUGUUAAGCCGGAGGAGAAGCGCAAAGUACGCGACAUGGUGGCCGCCAUCACCAGGUUGUACCUGAUCUUCGUGGUGGUCUACGUUCUAUACGCCACCUCCACCCUGCUGGACGGACUGUUUCACGACCGUGUGCCGUACAACACAUACUAUCCCUUUGUAAACUGGCGAAUCGAUCGCACUCAGUUGUACAUUCAGAGUUUCCUGGAGUACUUCACCGUGGGUUAUGCCAUAUUCGUGGCCACGGCCACCGAUUCCUACCCUGUGAUUUACGUCGCGGCCCUGCGCUCCCACAUCCUGAUGCUCAAGGACCGCAUCAUCAACCUGGGCGAGGCCAGCAAUGAAGGUGGCAGCGACCGCGACUCCAUAUUUAAAUCUUUGGUGGAUUGCAUCAAGGCUCACAGAACAAUGCUGAAUUUUUGUGAUGCCAUUCAACCGAUCAUCUCUGGCACUAUAUUUGCCCAAUUCAUCAUAUGCGGAUCCAUUCUGGGGAUCGUUAUGAUCAAUAUGGUGCUGUUCGCCGACCAGUCGACCCGAUUUGGCAUAGUAACCUACGUUAUGGCCGUCCUUCUGCAGACGUUCCCGCUCUGCUUCUAUUGCAACGCCAUCGUGGAUGACUGCAACGAACUGGCGGAUGCACUUUUCCAUAGUUCCUGGUGGAUGCAGGACAAGCGGUACCAGCGGACAGUCCUUCAGUUUCUGCAGAAGCUCCAGCAGCCCAUGACGUUCACGGCCAUGAAUAUAUUCAACAUAAAUCUGGCCACAAACAUCAAUGUGGCUAAAUUCGCCUUUACCGUAUACGCUAUCGCCAGCGGAAUGAACUUGGAUCAGAAGUUGCAACUUCAGGAAUAGAAACACGAAAUAAAAAUAACCGCACCAGAGGUAAACGUACAUACAUUGAUUUAUGAACUUAAC